AAACGGUGCACCCAUUAAUUCUGCCUCUGUCUGUGUCAGUUUAAAAGACGGUUUCAGCUGCCAGAGUUUCACUCUGGUGGGAGCCAUCAUGGAGAGAGCUGUGGUGCAAAUCACCCUCUUUGGGCUGCUGUUGGCUUUUGUUACCACACAACCAAACAAGGACGACUGGGACAUCUACAGCUUCCACAUCAACUCUACAGUGAACAGUCGUUAUGCCACCACUGUCAUCACAAGCCGCGUGGCCAAUCGUAUGGACGAGUCAAAGGAAAUAGAAUUUCAAGUCCGAAUUCCCAAAAACGCCUUCAUCAGCAAAUUCAGAAUGUUUAUAGAUGGCCAGGUGUAUGACGGUGUUGUGAAAACUAAGGAGCAGGCCCAGCAGCAGUACUCUGAGGCUGUGUCCCGUGGCCAAAGCGCUGGCCUUGUGAGCUCUGUAGGGAGGACCCUUGAGGAAUUCAAGACCUCUGUGACUGUGGCUGCUCACAAAAAGGUGACCUUUGAACUCACUUAUGAGGAACUGCUGAAGCGCAGGCUUGGCAAGUAUGAGCUGCAAAUCCAUGCUCGACCCAUGCAGCCUGUCAAAGACUUCAAGGUCGAUGUGUACAUUCAUGAGAAAGCUGGCAUAAGUUUCCUGGAGGUUAAAGGAGGACUAAGUACCAAUGCCCUGGCUAAUGCUAUCACCAAAACACAUACAGACAAACAGGCAUGGGUAUAUUUCUACCCAACGGAGGAUCAACAAAAAACAUGUGACCACUGUGGAGAGGAGGGUAUGAAUGGAGAUCUGGUUAUUGUUUAUGAUGUCAACAGGGACGCCUCAAUUGGGGACAUCCAGACGUCAGAUGGAUAUUUUGUUCAUCACUUUGCUCCAUCAAGUCUUUCCCGCAUACCAAAGAAUUUUGUCUUUCUUAUUGAUAAAAGUGGCUCCAUGAACGGCAAAAAAAUAGAACAGACCCGAACAGCAUUAAUCCGCAUCUUGAAUGACCUGGCAGAAGAUGACUACUUUGGCCUUAUCACUUUUGAUGGCAACAUUUUUCACUGGAAACGAGAACUUGUUCAGGCCAGCAAGAAAAACGUGGAUAGCGCCAAGGAUUUUGCACGGAAUAUUCAAAGUGGAGGAUCUACUGACAUUAAUGGGGCAGUGCUGCAAGGAGCACACAUGCUGAAUGUACAUCCCAGAGAGGGUGCAGCAUCUAUCCUUAUACUUCUGACUGAUGGAGAUCCAACCGCAGGGGUGACAAAUCUCAGACAAAUACUAUCAAAUGUAAAGGAGGCCAUAGCAGAAAAAUUCCCACUCUACUGUCUUGGUUUUGGUUUUGAUGUAAAUUUUGAGUUCCUCGAGAAGAUGUCACUACAGAACAAUGGUGCAGCACGAAGGAUUUAUCAGGACUCUGAUGCUGAUUUGCAGCUGACGGGUUUCUAUGAAGAGGUGGCCACUCCUCUGCUAACCGAUGUGACAAUGAUCUAUACUGGUGGGACCAAUCUAACCCAGACUAACUUCAGCCAGUAUUAUAAUGGCUCUGAGAUUGUGGUGGCUGGUCAGAUCCUUCACAAUGACAUUGACACCUUUUCUCCACAAGUUGUGGCUAUUUCGAGUAAAAGAAGGCUGACGUUUUCUGAGACGAACACCACUGUGGAAUCCACUGGAACAGUUUCUGAUAGCCAUAUCCAGAGGGUCUGGGCCUACCUCACAGUCAAACAGCUCCUGGAUAAACAGCUGCAAUUAUCUGGAGCAGAGGAGGAGGAGGUGAGAAAAGAAGCCUUGGCGCUGUCCUUCAAGUACAGCUUUGUGACCCCACUCACAUCCAUGGUGGUCACAAAGCCUCCAGGGGAGAACACAGAGGUGCUUCAUAAACCGAAGGAAGGUCAACAACAAGGAAUAGAACAACUAAGUAUGCUUCAACCGAGGAGAACUGCUAAAACCUCUUCAAGUCCGAGAAGAAUAGGACUUACAGGGAGUGCUGGUCUUCCAGGUGGCUAUGAUCACAUUACAAUGGGUGCAGCUCCGAGAAGAAUAGGACUUGCAGGGAGUGCUGGUCCUCCAGGUGGCAAUGGUCAGACUAGAAUGGAUCUAGACGGAGCAAUGCCAACUAGUCGGCUAAUGAGACCUGGCGGAGCAAUGCGAAAUAGUCGGCCAAGAAUACCUGAUUUAUUUUUAGUUCCUCAGCCUUCCUAUGACAUUGGUUAUGAUGAUCCUACGGAUUAUUCUUUGUUGAAAGUCAUGCGUACUAUUGAGCGAGGAGCUGGCGAGGAGCAAAAAACACCUGUUCCUUUUCUCCACAGGUUUUUGAUUAAAACCGAGAAUCAGUCUCUUCCACUAUGUUUUGAUAUCAAGGGAGAUGUCCGCCUUAAACUACUUCACCAUCCCAGUGGGGAGCUGAUUGUGAAUGGAAAGCUUCAAAAGGACAACGGAGGCUUCAAAAGGAUUGUCAUCCAUCUUGACAUUUUCACGUCUAUUGAUGUUGACACCCAUAGAAUCACUGUGAAAGACUUAGGUGGAGUGAGGCAUCACACAGGGAUAGAUCUCAUCACAGUUGGAAGUGUGACAGUGAUCAGGCGGGAUCAAGAAAUAGAUGUCACAGCUGGAGACACGCGCAUGGUCAUCUUACUUCAUGAGAAAAAUGGGAGAAAAUUUCUCUGGCCUGUUUUAAGAUUGAAGCCGUCAGACAGCAACGCUGAAGGAAUUUUAGCUCUAAAGCCAGCAAUUUAUGAGGAGGUGCAGCAAACUCCCUCAACAAAACUUAAGAUCAGAGACCAGGAGAUUGAUGUUACCAGAUCUGAUGUUGCUGACUACAGUAUUGUGACAGCCCCGAGACUGGGUUGCUGGCUCAUGUCUGCUGAGUCUGCCCUACAGAGACCGCUGGAUGAUUUCAUUGUUGCAGAACUUUAACUGGGAAAAAUGUUGAUCUACUUGAAAAGAUCAGAUAAAAAAACAUUCUCUGAAAUCUCAUUCACCUGUUACUAACCUAAACAAAUAAAUUGUUUCCCAGCUC